GUGUAUUGCAGUUAGAUUGAAGGCAUUAGUAUAGAUUUUAUUCUUAGGAUUUUUGAUCAUAUUAAGAAGAAAAAAUGGAAACAAGAAACGAAGAUGAAAUUCAAGACACACCACUAUCUCCUCCAACAAUGGGGUCUAUGCAAAUUGCAGGAAGUAACGGGUUUGGUCAUAAUAUUGAGUAUAUGUCUCAAGCUUAUCUUAGAAAUAGAUACUCUGGAAUUGACAUUGAAGAUCAUAGCUUCAAUAUGAAUCAAGAUCGCCCUCUUCCUAUAUUUCUUAAGUUUGAAGAUGUGGAGUACAAAGUGAAGAAUAGCCGAGCAAGCUCAGGCAAUCCAGUAAAGGCAGUAGUGUCCAAAGUAGCCUCACAGCUACAUUUGGAGCAAGAUCACUGCAAGAAUAUCUUGAAGGGUAUUACAGGUAGCAUUGGCCCUGGUGAAAUUCUUGCUCUAAUGGGUCCUUCCGGCAGUGGUAAAACUACUUUACUCAAAAUAAUUGGUGGAAGAUUAUUAACUGACAAUGUUAAAGGAACCAUUUCUUACAAUGAUAUUCCUUACAAUGCUGCCCUUAAAAGAAGAAUUGGGUUUGUGACACAGGAUGAUGUGCUAUUCCCACAACUAACAGUGGAAGAAACUCUAGUGUUUGCUGCGUUUUUAAGACUACCCGGAAACAUGAGCCGACAACAGAAAUAUGCUAGAGUUGAGAUCAUUAUGAAAGAGCUCGGUCUUGAAAGAUGUCGGCACACAAGAGUUGGAGGAGGGUUCAUAAAGGGAAUAUCAGGUGGAGAAAGAAAAAGAGCCAGCAUUGGCCAUGAAAUUCUCGUCGAUCCUUCAUUAUUACUGCUCGAUGAACCCACCUCAGGCCUCGAUUCUACUUCCGCAAAUCGACUCCUUCAGGUUCUUCAACGAUUAGCUAAGGCAGGAAGGACAGUGAUCACAACAAUUCAUCAGCCAUCAAGCAGAAUGUUUCACAUGUUCGACAAACUUCUACUAAUAUCAGAAGGCUACCCUGUCUACUACGGCAAAGCUAGAGAAUCCAUGGAAUAUUUUUCUUCUCUAAGUUUCAUACCUGAGAUCGCCAUGAAUCCUGCCGAGUUCCUCCUCGAUUUAGCCACCGGACAGGUCACCGACAUCAGCGUGCCUCAGGAUAUCUCAACACCUCCGGGAUCUCCCGACUCCGACAAGGCAGUCAUCAAAUAUCUUCAAAUGAAGUAUAAGAGUGAAAUAGAGCCGAGAGAGAAGGAAGAGAAUCACCGGCGAACGAAGGCGCCGGAGAAUCUGCAGUUGGCGAUUCAGGUGAAGAAGGACUGGACGUUGAGCUGGUGGGCGCAAUUUGUGAUACUGUUUAAAAGAACGUACAGAGAGAGAUGUAGAGAUUAUUUCGACAAGCUGAGACUGGUUCAAGCUGUUGGUGUGGCAGUGUUGUUAGGUCUUCUUUGGUGGAAAUCUCAAACUGGAACGGAGGCUCAGCUUCGAGAUCAAGUAGGGUUGAUGUUCUACAUAUGCAUAUUCUGGACAUCAUCGUCGAUAUUCGGAGCAGUAUACGUAUUUCCAUUCGAGAAAAUAUAUUUGGUGAAAGAAAGAAAAGCAGACAUGUACAGAUUAAGUGUAUACUAUGUUUGCAGCACUCUGUGCGACAUGAUGGCUCAUGUCUUCUACCCUACUUUUUUCAUGGUCAUUGUCUACUUCAUGGCUGGCUUUAAGAGGACUGUCUCUUGCUUCUUCUUCACUUUGUUCACCAUCCUAUUGAUCGCCAUUACAAGCCAAGGGGCAGGAGAGCUAUUUGGAGCAGCAAGCUUGAGCAUUAAAAGAGCUGGAAUGUUUGCUUCUUUGAUUUUAAUGCUGUUUCUUCUCACCGGAGGUUAUUAUGUUCAGCACAUACCAAAAUUUAUGCAGUGGUUAAAGUAUUUAUCAUUCAUGUACUACGGAUUUAGGCUUCUAUUAAAGGUUCAAUACGACGGAGAAGAACCCUACGAAUGUGACAGCAACGGGGGUUGCCGGCCGCUGCAAAGCUCGCCGUCGUUCGACACGGUGAACUUGAAAGGCGGGUUGCAAGAAGUGUGGGUGCUAUUAGCCAUGGCUUUAGGUUACAGAAUCAUUGCUUAUUUCUGCCUUCGUAGGAGAAUUAAUGUAUGCCAUCUUUGAUUAUAUGAUAUUUAUAUUGAAAAUAAAAUUGAUUUGAACAGAAAUGAACAAAAAUUUGAUUAUAUUUUAAA